CCGGGGGUGGGUCCGGGCCCUGGGCGGAGCCGCUGCCGGGCGCUGGAAUGUGCGGAAUGGGGAGAGCGGAGAGCCCGGGGCUGGCGGUGACCUGCCGGGGCUGGAGGGAGCCGGAGCCGCGCACGGGACCCCCAAGCGCAGCGCUGCGCCCCUGCCGCUCAGGAGGCCUAAGCCGAGGUGACCAUGGACUUGGCCAAGGAGACGCUCAGGAAGGAGCUGGAGGAGGAGCUGAAGCUCAGCACGGACGAGCUGCGGAGCCACGCGUGGUACCACGGCUGCCUGCCCCGGAAGGAGGCCGAGUCCCUGCUGGGGGAGGACGGGGAUUUCCUGAUCCGGGACUCAGGCUCCAGCCAGGGGGACUACGUGCUGUCGUGCCGCUGGCAGGGCGAGACCCUGCACUUCAAGAUCAUCCGGGUGGUGCUGCGCCCUCGCCUGGGCUACUCCCGCACCCUCUUCCAGUUCGAGCAGGACCAGUUUGACAACGUGCCGGCCCUGGUGCGCUUCUACGUGGGCAACCGCACGCCCGUCUCAGAGACCUCGGGCGCUGUGAUCUCCCGGCCCGUCAACCGGGACGUGCCGCUGCGCUGGCUGCAGGAGCGCUACGGGGCCACCAGCCGGCUCUGUCUGGACGGGCAGGAGCCGACCAAGGGGGACACGGCUCCCCGCAGACUCAGCCUCCGCAGACUCACCGCUGGAGAGAAGGUGACAGACGGGAACCUGCUCCGAGUGAAAGACAGGAGUGGGAGCCACCCCACCGGGCUGGAUCAGCUGGGCCAGAGACCCUCCCUCUACACGGCGCAGUCAGACAGUAACCUACGGACAGGCAGCCCGGAAGCUCCAGCCGGCACCCAGGAACGGAGCGAGCUCCCGCCCCCCUCGCCCGUCUUCCGCACUGGCAGCGACCCCGUGCUGCGGCCCACCGCCCCCCGGUGCCUGGACCCCGAGGGGGGUGCAGCCCUGAGCGGCUCGGAGGGGCAGCUGCACUCCAAGGCUCCCCCCAAGCCCCUGCGGGCCCCCUCCAUGCUGGUGGGCGACGCCUCCCAGGAGCAGCUCAGCACCUACUGUGAGCUGGUGCCCAAAGCCCCGGCCGGCCUGCGGAGCCACGUGGCUCGGCUGCACACCGAGGAGAAGUGGCGUGGCCGGGCCCGGGCCACGGACACGGCCUUUGGCUUCCUCGAGGACGGGGACGAGGUGGCGCCGCUCCCCCGGCCGCGCCGCUAUGAGGAGGAGAUGGAGGGCUUUGUGCGCCCCCUACUGGAGACAGCCUCCUCCUUCCAGCCCCACAGCUUCCACUCGCUCCUCCUGCCCCCCGACAACAAGCCUCUGGAGCCUGGCGCCCUCAAACGGCUCAAGGACCUUUUCGACCGACAUGACUGCCGGACCAUGGCGCUGCAUAUCCUCUACAUAGACUGUCUGGCUGGCAGGAUCACUGGGGUGACGAGGGAGCAGGAGCGGGCGAUGGGGGUGAGCUCGGGUCUGGAGCUGAUCACCCUGCCUCACGGGCACCAGCUGCGUCUGGACCUGUUGGAAAGGCACCAUCUCAUUGCCCUGGGCAUCGCUGUGGACAUCCUGGGCUGCACGGGGGCCGUGGCGGAGCGAGCCGCCACCCUGCACAAGAUCGUCCAGCUGGCCGUGGAGCUGAAGGGCUCGGCUGGGGACCUGUUCGCUCUGUCGGCCGUGAUGAAGGGCCUGCAGCUGCCCCAGAUUGCGCGGCUGGAUCAGACGUGGCAGAAGCUGCGGCAGAGCCACACCGAGAGCGCCAUCACCUUCGAGAAGGACCUCAAGCCCCUCGUGAAACGCCUCAACCAGGGGGAAGGGAUCUCCUCCCCAGGAGAGGUCGCCGUCCCGCACCUCCUGCCUCUCCUCAGCCUCAUGGAAGGGGAGCAGCUCUGGGGCGACCAUGAGGAGAGCUGCGACCUCCUCCUACGCACGCUGGAGUCCGCCCGCUCCAUCGCCACCAGCGCCGGGGCCUACAAAGCCACCGCAGAGGCUAAGCUCCAAGGAUUCCAAGCCACGCCGGAGCUCCUUGAAGCUUUCCAAACCGAGUUCGCGCUCCGCUUAUUCUGGGGCAGCAAAGGAGCGGCCGCGGACCGGGCCGAGCGCUACAGGAAAUUCGACGCCAUCCUCACGGUGCUGUCCCAGAAACUAGAACCAGCGGGGAAAACGGAGCCCUGAGUUUCCUCCGCCACCGUGGCACGGACCACGAACCAGGGCUUGCAGAGCCAAGUCGGCACAGGAUGGAGGAGCGACCGCGCCCCAGUGCCUGGAGAUUUCUCCACGAGCUUGGCCCCCGGUGCCGGUAGCAGGAUGGGGACAAGGGAACUAGCCCGAGACCGAAAGCCUUCCAGGCCCCACCGCCGCAGAGGACAGUGGAUACAGAGAUUUCAGCGGCUUACGCCAGGCAGUAUUCUACCAGCCCCCUCCUGCCUUGCUGCUGGAGGCGGCUGCUCCGUGUACAGAAGCUUGGGGGAGUGGGACAGAUUGGUGGACACAUUGCACCCGCAAGCCUACGGGUUUUUUAAAUGCAAAAUGCCACUGCAGGUCUAGCUUCCCCCGCCUCUUUGCCAGCGUGGGAGGGUGUGAGCUGGUUAAAGGGAACGGAGGAGCAGGGGGGAUUCCCCCUCCCAGCAGAGGAGCGGUGGCUGGAGCAAUAAACCAAAGACUUCCAGCUGGCUUGGAUAACUGCUGCAAAGGGUUGCUCCUGUCACUGGGGUGCCUGGAGGGAUGCCGGGGAGGUGGCUGGGGGCCCCCGGUGCAGCAGGAGCAGGGCUAGAACUCAGCCCGGGGCUUGAGCGCUGUUGCCUUUCCCAGAAGAGGGCUGGGUGGUAGACACCUACUGGGCCCUUCACCCCCAUUCGGGGGAUGCAUGCCCUGCCCCCUUAGACUGGCUAUUGGAGACUUACAGGAAGUGAAAAGUCUCUCUCGGCCCCUGCCCCCUUCUCCCCUGAAAUGAGCAGGUUUUGGGCUGCCCUCAGUGCAUUAGGGGAGCUCCCCUGAGUUUGGGUGGCAGGGGGCUGUCACCUCUGGCCCAGGGAUGAAGAAUUGCCUAAUGGUUACAGCAGGAGACCCCUGGGUUUGGCAGCCAGUUCGGGCAGGAAGCAGGCUGCAGCAGCUGGAGGAGACGGGGUGAAGGCUAGGAGAGGCCGGCCAGGGGUUAGACUAGACGCUCAGCUUCUGCUGACAGCUGCUGUUUAACUAAAGCAUCCUCCUGUCGUCCCCCUGACCUCAGCCCAGCGCUCUCCUCAGCGGAGGGCAGUGGGGAAGCGAAACCAGACAAUGCACCACCGAGGGGAAUGGUCUGACCCAGGCUCUCGUGUUUCCUGCCCCCCCGAGUCUCUGCUCACGUGAGGGGAACCAGCUUGAGUCAGUGCCUGUCCAAUGCCCCAAGGAGACGCUGGCCAGCAGGGUUAUGCCCAUGAGAGCUUAAGGGGGGGAUUUAAACGAGGGUAGUUUCAGCCAGGCUCAGCCCUGUGUGGAUGCUCUGAACUCAGGCUAAGCCCUUGUCUAUGGGGGAAGCUGGACCACUCUCAGCGAGGGCGGGAAUUUAAGCCCCCUGCUCUGUAUAAGCCAAUGCAAACUGCAGUUCCAUUUGUGGGGCUCCCCUCUCUUCCCCACAUCCACGGUGGAAGAAGGGGGGGUGGCUGGAGACAGCACAAGCGUGACUAGGCCCCUGCUCUACUCUAGCAGAAAAAAAGCAGUUUGAAUGUUGCCUUUAACACACUCUUGAGAACUUCUGCAUGGAAGUAAAAGUACCACGUCCCUUAUGGGGAAACUGAG